UUUAUUGCGGAAAAUAUUGCUCAAAAUGCUGAAAUCGUGUUAAAAGGAACAGAAUUGAAGUGGGGAAUUCCCCAAUUCUGCGGUGGCUUGAAAAAGGAUCUCCGAAUUCGUAGGCCGCAAUCAGUCCGUCUGUUGCGUGGUUGGGUGUCAAACGAUUUGUUUUGAAAAAGCUAGCACCUGCGCUAUCUAUAGCACGGUGGACGACGACGUGUUUCUCGCUUACGAACCGACCAGCUGAGGUGAUUCCCCGCAGUACUAGUGCCCCCCGAAAGUGCUACAAAAUGUUACGCAGGAUGAAACCGAUCUCGGUCAUCCUUUCAUCCAGCCGGCAUCACUACCGGAGAGGAGUCACCACCUGGUCGCCGUUAACGACGGCCUUCAACACUCGCCCCGAAAAGCGGAUCAACUUUACUCGUAACGAAGUGGGGUUGUUUGGUGUACCGGAGCUUACGUCCUACGAAGGCUUCUACGCGCUCAAAGAGAAAGCGAUCUUCAAAACGGAUGAUCUGAUUGAGGAAGCGACAUCCGCUACGCGGACACGGAAGAUGGUUACCAUCUUUGACGAGUUGUCCGAUACGCUGUGCAAAGUGGCCGAUCUGGCCGAGUUUAUCCGGUUGGCCCAUCCGGUGCCAAACUUUUGUCACGCGGCCGAGGACGCCUGUAUCUCGAUCAGCGGCAUCGUGGAGAAGCUAAACACUCACAAACCGCUGUAUCGUGCGUUAAAAGCGGUCGUAGAAGGGGGCGAUCGGAUGGAGACCACCGACGUCGACAAACAUGUGGCUAGCCUGUUCCUGUUCGACUUUGAGCAGUGUGGCAUCCACCUGAAGGAGUCCGAUCGGCAGCGAGUGGUGUACCUGAACGAUUGUAUUCUACAACUUGGACAACGGUUCAUGGCCGGUGCGGUACACCCGCGAAGCAUUUCCAAGAACGUGCUACCCGAAGCCAUCCGACACUUCUUCUCCGCGGAUGGCGAUAACAUUCUCGUGUCGGGAUUGUACGCCGAUUCGGCCAACAGUAUGGCCCGCGAAGCCGCCUAUCGGCUGUUUCUGUAUCCUGAUGCACAGCAGGAGCAUCUGUUGUCGGAGCUACUGAAGGCACGGUUGCAGCUUGCGACGGUUUGCGGAUUCCCAACCUACGCUCACCGUGCCCUGAAGGCCAGCACGAUGGAAACACCGGAGAUGGUGAACGAAUUCCUGCAGACACUCAAUGAACAGUUGCGACCCCGGGCCGAGAAGGAUUUCGCCGUGAUGCGCAAGAUGAAGGCGUCCGAAUGUGGGGCUAAUAUGCCACUGGCAGCAUGGGACACGCCCUACUUUACAUCUUCGCUCAAGCGUACUUAUCUACAGGCCAGUGCAUCCGAGUAUUCGCCGUAUUUCAGCCUUGGAGCUUGCAUGGAGGGAUUGAAUCUUCUGAUGAACUCACUGUACGGGAUCACGCUGCAGAACACGGAAAUGGCACCGGGUGAAUCGUGGUCCCACGACAUCUAUAAGCUGGCCGUCACACACGAGACGGAAGGGCUGCUUGGGUAUAUCUAUUGCGAUCUGUUCGAGCGCCAGGGCAAACCGAACCAGGACUGCCACUUUACGAUACAGGGUGGCAAGGUAAUGGAUGGCGAUCAAUACCAGAAUCCUAUCGUGGUCGUGAUGCUGAACCUUGCCCAACCGCGCUGGUCUGGUCCAACGCUGCUUACACCAUCCAUGGUUGACAAUCUGUUCCAUGAGAUGGGUCAUGCCAUGCACUCGAUGCUGGCCCGUACCGAGUACCAGCACGUCACCGGUACGCGUUGCAGUACGGACUUUGCCGAGGUACCGUCGGUGCUGAUGGAGUACUUUGCCAGCGAUCCACGCGUGCUACGAUCGUUCGCAAAACACUUUCAAACGCAGGAACCCAUGCCGGAAGCUAUGCUCGAACGAUUGUGCGCCUCGAAGAACGUGUUCGCGGCAAGUGAAACCCAACUGCAGGUGUUCUACUCAGCGCUUGAUCAAAUCUAUCACGGACCGGCCAGUAAAUGGCGGGGGAACGGCGAGAGCACCACCGAGACGCUGAAAAAGGUACAGGAGCAGUACUACGGACUAUCGUACGUAGAGAACACGGCCUGGCAGUUGCGCUUUUCGCAUCUCGUCGGUUACGGUGCAAAGUACUACUCAUACCUCAUUUCGCGCGCCAUCGCUUCGUGGAUCUGGCAGACGUACUUUGAGCGUGAUCCGUUUAGUCGCACACAGGGUGAGAAGUAUAGGCGCGGUUGUCUAGCGUACGGUGGCGGCAUCCCAAGUCGUUUGCUGGUUUCGAACUUCCUCGGACGCGAGGUAACUGCAGCUAACUUGACCAAUAGUUUGAUCAAUGAAAUCGAUACAUUUAGUGAACGAUUGCAGCCGCCUCCCGGGUCUGUCGCGGGUAGUCUGCGAUGAAAAACUGAACCACAAUCGUUAGUGGCUUAUAGUCUCGGUCCUCUCCUGCCGGGAAGGGGAUGUGUGUAUUCUUUUGUGAUAUCAAACAGUAGGCCGUGUGGUAGUGUACCUCACUUGCGCAAUCCCGAUGUGCACCGAAUUAUGACUUAAAUAAAGUAAGUGAUGAACCGUCUUGUGUCAAAUCGA